AUGGCUCAGAAUGGGGGACAGUUAGUGCGGGCAGGCACCGGGAAAAGAGUUUUGCUAGAUCCAGCAGGGGUCACCUUGCCCCAUUCUCAUUCUGCUCUCAAUCUACUCGAUGCCUCUGCACUGUCACAGCUGGGAGAUGACAUUCUUACAGAAGAGAAUAAGAGGCGGCAGUUAGCUAAAGAGGCUGCUUUAAAACAGCUGCAGUCAACACUCUCCACGGCGCUCCCUACGGUUGUAGUGAUUGAGGCCGCAGAGGAGGGCGGCGUGGAUCCCUUCAUCGCGUACGGCAUCGAAGCUGGUAGCGACGACGAAGACGGGAACUACGACGAUGCAGAUGAUGUUGACGGCGUCCAAGCGGGAAACGACGAUGAGUUGCGCGCAGUGGAGGUUCGCGCUGCGGAAGUGUGCGCGGCGAAGGUUCGGGCGGUGGAGGUUUCGGGGCGGCGGAGCUUCGGGCGGCGGAGCUUUCGGGCGGCGGAGCUUCGGGCGGCGGAGAUUCGGGCGGCGGAGAUUCGAGCGGCGGAGAUUCGGGCUGCGGAGGUUCGCGCGGUGGAGGACCGCGCUGCAGCGGUUCGAGCGGCAGAUGUGCGCUCUGCGGAGGCUCGCCAGAACGGAGCUGGCGCCGCACACCUCGCAGCCUAA